CUGAGAGGACCCCCUUCCCCCCGAUCUGCUGCAUAUUCCUCGGUUGUCUCUUCUCACUGUGUCCUCCGCCGCUGCUGCUGCCUUUCAGCUCUGCCCCCACCCCACCUCCCUGUGCGGGUGUCUGGGGCUUGGGCCCUUGGGGGUGGAGGGAAUCAACAUCGUGCUUCGCUGGGGAGCUGUGCAGAAUUAGCUAUGCCCUGCCCAGGCAUCCUUUGACCGACUGGAUUUCUCCAUUUCUGUUCGCCUGCACACCGGAGGGCAACGUAGGAUGAAAAUCUGCAAUCAUGAUGCAAGGACUGAAAAACCGAACCAGGAAAGCCCUGGGUUUACGAAAGAAAGACAAGGAUACAGACACAACGAGCUCACCUGACCAAGAAGGAACCGGAAGUGGAAAGAAAGGAAAUAAAAAGGCCAAUGGGGCUCCCAAUGGUUUCUAUGGGGAGAUUGACUGGGACAGAUAUGCCUCCCCUGACGUGGAUGAGGAGGGGUUCAGCCUCCGGCCCGGUGACGAGGGCGAUGCAGCUUCCAAAGGAAAGCACUUUUUCUCCUCCAGCGACUCAGAAGACGACGAGGACAGCAAGAAAAAGUUCAAAAUUAAGAUCAAGCCACUGGUGGCGGACAGUGCCAAGUGUGUCCCUCCAUCUAUGGACGAGCUAAAAGCCUCAGUGGGAGGCCUGGCACUCUCUCCAUCUCUGAGACGCAGCCCGGGACUGAUAAAAAGGAAUUUGUCCUGUGAGGAGAUCGCCAGACCCAGACGCUCCACCCCUACUCCAAGUCCUGCCCCUGAGAUGCUGAGUGACAGGCUCUCACAGAACGUCCCUGCCUUCUUUGGGCUGCCUUCAGAGACCAAAUAUGCCAGAUAUGAUGUGGUUCCUACUGACGUAUGGGGAGACUCGAGACCACGGUCAGAAUCACCGCUGAGCAGAAGUUUCCCGACAGGAGCUCCUCCUCCGCUUCCUCCAAAAAACAUUCCAUCGAGAAGUCAGUACGGCUAUCCUUCAGACUCCGCUGGAGUCAUUGCAGCUGAUCUACCCAAUGGAAGAGCAGCUCGCAGUUCAGCCCCCAUCUACCUGAACGUCCUGUCCCCCGCCUCUUACCGAGGCUCCCCGGGCCCCGACCUGGACGACGUGUUUGGCCCCGUUGACAGCCCACGCACCAGCGAGGAGAUGGUGUCACCCAGAUGGGUCACUUUCCUUGAUGACAGACCCCCGCCACCAGAUGAACCCGCUCCGCCUCCGCCACCGGACUCUCCUCCCCCAGACACGCCCUCGUCCACGCCCUCCACCCCCUGCCUCUCUCCCGGACCGCCACCAAACGAGCCCCCGCCUUCGCCUCCACCUUUUUCUCCUGGGUCUCCUCCUCCUUUCUCGCCACCGGACUCUCCCCCCUCCAUCGUGCUCGGACCUCCUCCUCCGGAUGAGCCGGCCCCUCCACUGCCUCCUGACUUCUCUCCCUCUAAUUCGCCCCCGAUCUGCCUCGACGACGAAGCGAUCGAUGAAGAGGUGCUGCAGUUUGCAGAGUACUGUUCCUCUCCCGUCCCCAUCAGCCCCGUGCCCCCUCUGCCAGCGGAGCGGAGGUCCCCUCGGCCAGGAGUCAUUUCUCCCCUGGUCCUGGGGGGCGCAGGAGGAAAGAGGACUCCAGAGGGUGCGUACCUGAGAGAUGAUAUCCCAGACUUCGUGGGCUCGCCCAGAGAGUUGACACCGAGCUUCAGGGGAACGCCACCUCCUCUCCCGCCAACCACCUACAGGUCUAUUAUGUCUUCCCCGGGGCCCUAUUCAGGCCCCUCGUCUCCAGCUCGUCCUGCCACGCCUCAGUCUCGAGGCAGCCCUGUCCCUCCGCCUCCUCCUCCUCGACCGUCCUCGCGACCAAAGCUGCCUCCUGGGAAACCAAUCACAGACCUGACUCGGCCGUUCAGUCCGCCAGUUUCAGGCAGCCCCCCGCCUUUCGCCCCCCUGGCCCGGGCAGAGAGCUCUUCCUCCAUCUCCUCCAUUACCUCGCAGAGUGCAGCGUCCACUCCAACUUUAGGGAGGGACCUUAACCUGGCCACCACAGGUAGUCCACGCUCAUGUCCACGCUCAUGUCUGUGUGUGUGUGUGUGUUCAGGAUGCUCCAGAGGACCCAGUCCCCUCACCAUGGGUCCCCAGGACACUCUACCAGUGGCAGCUGCCUUCACAGAAACCAUCAAUGCCUACUUUAAAGGCGCUGAUCCCAGCAAAUGUGUUGUGAGGAUCACAGGGGAGAUGGUGCUGUCCUUCCCCGCAGGCAUAACCAGGCAUUUUGCAAGCCACCCGUCUCAACCCAUCCUCACCUUUAGCAUCAGCAAUUACAGCCGACUGGAGCAGGUCCUCCCCAAUCCACAGCUGCUGUGCUGUGAUUCCACAACAGACAGUGUAGACACCAAGGAGUUCUGGGUAAAUAUGCCAAACUUGAUGAGCCAUCUGAGGAAAGUGGCUGAACAGAAGCCUCAGGCAACAUACUACAACGUGGAUAUGAUCAAAUAUCAGGUGUCAGCAGAGGGGAUCCAGUCCACUCCUCUGAACCUAGCAGUGAGCUGGCGAGGUGACGCCACCAACACGGACCUUAGAAUAGACUACAAAUACAACAUUGAGGCCAUGGCCGCCCCUGUGCCACUACACAACAUCAACUUCCUGGUACCUGUGGACGGAGGCAUAGCCAAACUCCAGGCCAUGAUCCCACCUGCCACCUGGAAUCCAGAGCAGCAGACGAUACAAUGGAAGAUUCCCAGCCUCUCUCACAGAUCUGAAAAUGGAGGAGUAGGGGCUCUGCUGGGCCGGUUCCAGAUGACAGAAGGUCCCUGUAAACCCUCCCAGCUGGCAGUCCAGUUUACCAGUGAGGGAAGCACACUGUCAGGGUGCGACAUCCAGCUGGUUGGCACCGGCUAUCGGCUAUCGCUGGUCAAGAAGAGAUUUGCUGCAGGGAAAUAUUUAGCAGAUAAUUAGUGGACCUGUUUGUGAAGGGAAUCAAGAGAAUCAGUGGCUUUUGACUGUGAAGACAAUGGAUCCA